GGCGGUAUUUGACGGACAACCCAGGGAAUCGAGAUAAGAAUAACGUUUACUGGAUGGCGUGUGUGAAGGAUUCUCGAGCCAAGUUCAUCGUGGAAUGCCGAUUCGGGGAAACGAACUCACCAAGAGGCCCGUCACCACCUGAGUUACCAAGUAUGGGCUUUUUUGGUGCCGAGAUCUGGAGAGCGCUUCUCUCCAUCGUUACUGCAGCAAUCGGGACCCCCAAAUCUGGAUGCACCGACCGAGCCUCCACGUAAGAACGGACGGUUACAGGCGAUCAAUCCCGUCAAAGGCGGCACAUUAUCCCGCAAAUGGCGGUCUGAGAACCAGAAUCUUUGGCAACCAAUGGAGCAACCUAGCAGCGGGUUGCGGCGGCCGUUCCAGUCAUGCAUUCGAGCCUGAGCGAGCAGUGAACACGGAGCAGCCGGCUCACCGGGCCAUCGACCCCAACCGUUCUGACGGUGAAUGGCGCCGAGAGUCGCUUGCCGAUCCCGUGCGGCGUGGGGGGCGAGUUUGCCGCCCUCGGCCACCGCCCGACGUCGCUUCCGUCAGUGGCGAUCCUCGGCGGCCCCCCCGGGCGAGACGGCAUCCAGGAGCCACGCUUGCCACGGCAGCAAACGUCGGGAGCGACCAACAAAGACGGUCGGGGGGCGCGUUUUCGAUAAUGGCGACGGUGUGGUUGGCUCGUUGGCUCUGUUGUGACACGGACCAUGGCCAGUGGGCAAUUGAGCCUGGAAGGAUGGAAGUGGUCCACUGCCCCCACCGGAAUAUGCGCGGAUCCGAGCUAUCUGCACAAAAAAAAAUCACACUCCACGUGUGGUGGAUCCGUUUGUCCCCACUUAUGCAAAGAAGACCCUGUCCUCUGCAACUUUCACGAUGCUGCCGGCGGCCAUUUGCUCGGCAGCUCUGCCGCAGGAGGAGUUUCAAUUUCACAGUUUCCCACUCGCCAUCCGUUCAGGAGCUGCCUGGGCCCGCUUUGUGGGCAUCCUCGGACAUUGCAAUCGUGUCCAUCAGUGUUGACACGCUACCCGGCGAGCGCGAGUGUUUGUUUACGUGCGUACGGACAGAGGCGAGGAGAGUUCGGUAGGUUCCAAGACGGGUGUUCUCGUCACCGUCGCUCAAAAAGAAUCGCCAAUUCCCUCAAUCCAUCG